AUGCUGCUGCCCAGCGACCUGGCCACGGCCUCCACGAACGCCAAGCCGCCGCCCGAGCUGCUGCAGCGCCUGCAGCUCAGCGUGCCCAUGCUGGCGCAGCUGCAGACGCAGAUCCAGAGCCUUGGGACCGCCCCCGGCAGCCAGCGCGACGCCUUCUACGUCGUGGACACGGCCGCCGUGGACGAGCGCUUCAAGCUCUGGCACCAGUACCUGCCCGAGGUGCGGCCGUACUACGCCGUCAAGUGCAACCCGGACCCGGCCCUGAUCGAGGGCCUGGCCCGCCUCGGAGCAGGCUUCGACUGCGCCAGCCAGACGGAGAUCAGCUCCGUGCUUGGCAACGGCGUCCCGGCCAGCGACAUCAUCUACGCCAACCCGUGCAAGCAGGGCUCGCAGAUCGCCUACGCGCAGGCGCACGGCGUCGACACCAUGACGUUCGACUCGCAGGAUGAACUCACCAAGAUCCACAGCAUCAACCCCAACGCCAAGCUCGUGCUGCGCGUGUACGUGGACGACUCCAACUCCAUCUGCCGCCUCGGCACCAAGUUCGGCGCCAUGGUGCACGACUGCCCGGACAUCCUGGCCCACGCCAAGGCGCUCAACCUCGACGUCAUCGGCGUCAGCUUCCACGUCGGCAGCGGCUGCUUCAACGUCGAGGCCUACUCGAACGCCGUGGCCCGCGCCCGCAAGGUCUUCGACAUGGGCCACGCGCUCGGCUUCAACUUCAACCUGCUGGACAUCGGCGGCGGCUUCCCCGGCUCGGAGAGCGCCCCGAUCCGGUUCGAGGACUGCGCGCGCGAACUCAAGAAGGCGCUGGCCGAGCACUUCCCGCAGGGCAGCGGCGUGCAGGUCAUCUCGGAGCCCGGCCGCUUCUUCGCCGCCUCCACGCACACGCUUGCGGUCAACGUGAUCGGCCGCAAGGUGGCCCCCACUUUUGACGUCCCCGGCCAGCCGCCCGUGCUCGCCAGCGCCGCGGCCGCCACGGGACAAGUACCCAACUAUAUGUAUUUUGUGAACGACGGCUUGUACGCCUCGUUCAACUGCAUGGUCUACGACCACCCGUCGAUCCAGCCUGUGAUUCUGUCGGAUGCCGCCUCGCCGGACGCCACGCCGAUGCACAAGGCCAGUAUCUGGGGCCCGACCUGCGACGGCAUGGACUGCAUCAUGAAGGAGGUGCAGCUGCCGCUCAUGGACAUCGGCCAGUGGAUCCUGUUCCCGAGCAUGGGCGCCUACACGUGCGCGGCCGGCUCGGACUUCAACGGAUUCCAGCGCCCCCAGAAGAUCUACUUCGACUCGAACUUCGUGGCGGAUGACCAGCAGCAGUUUGUGCACUAA